AUGACCAAGCCACUUUUGUAUGGUUUGGCAUUGUUGCUAUGUCUACCCAGUUUCGAGUGUGGCUAUUUAGUAUUGGCACCAAAGAGUUUCCGAGCUGGUGAAGAUUAUAAGGUAUCUGUUGGAGUGGAAGGUAUGAAUAAUAUUGUACAAUUAACUGGUGAAUUAAAGAGUAUUAAACCACAAACCAAUACCAGAAUUACUGCUACUGGAAACGUGAAUAAUGGUGAUACAACACUGUUGAACUUUCAGGUUGGUGGUAGUGAUAUAAGAAAAGAUGAAUGUAUUUGUAUAUUGUAUUUUUCUAUAUGUAUGUUGGUGGUUGGUGGUAGUGAUAUAAUACAAGAUGAAUGUAUUUGUAUAUUGUAUAUUUCUAUAUGUAUGUUGGUGGUUGGUGCUAGUGUUGAUGAUGGUAUGUAUAAUUUAACUAUAAGUGGUACUGAUGGUGGUAACUCUUUUGUCAAUACAACUACAGUAGAAAGAGUGAGAAAUGAUGUGUUGGUACUUAUACAGACUGAUAAAGCUAUUUACAAACCAAACCAAGUCAUUAAGAUCAGGACAUUUGCUAUAGACAGUAAUUAUAAUGUGGUUAAAAGACCUAUUACUAUCUCUAUCAUGGACAAGAAUCAGAAUAAACUUGCAGAAUUCAAGAAUAAGCAAUCAGCAUCAGGUGUUAUUGGAGUUGAGUUUCCUUUAUCUGAUGAACCACCAUUAGGUGAUUGGUCUGUACAAGCUUCAACAGAGGGAGGUAGUGAAAUGAAGACAGUCAAAAUAGAUGAAUAUGUAUUACCUAAGUUUGAAGUAAAUACUGAAAUCACCCCUGGCUAUGUUCUAUAUGGUAAACAAAAUCAAGUAACUGUUAAAAUCAGUGCUAAAUAUACCUAUGGUAAAGAUGUAAACGCCAUGGCUAAAGUGUUACUUAAAGGUGAUAGUAUGACAAGUGAAAAAACUGUUAAUUUUAAAGGCUCUGUAGAUGUACCAUUUACUGUAGAAGAAAUGUUGGGUAGUGAUAUGGUAAAUGAUUUAAUGUUUGGAAGAUACUAUUGGACUGAGAAGAAUAUAGAUGUUACUGUAAAUGUAACGGAUGUCACCUCCAGAUUUUCUAUAUUGGAUGAUUCUUCUGUUAAAUUCUACUCUUAUCCUCAGAAAAUUCAUCUUGAGCCUAUGAACUCAAUGAAUAUUUAUCAUCCUGGUUUACCAGUUAAAUUUCGGGUAAAAGUUACAGAUCCUGUAGGUGAACCAUUAUCUGAGUACGGAAUGACUGUCAAAGUAUCCCAGGGUUAUUCUGGUAAAAAUGUUCAGUAUGUUACUAUUAAUUCUGCCCAGUGGUAUGAAGUAUCUUUUACUACUGAAGACCAAGAUGCCAGUUCUAACCUAUAUAUUCAGGCUGAGAUAAACGGUACAGAUAAAAAAGUUGCUAAUCAAGCCUCAGUUUCAUUAAAUGCUUAUAGCACAGAGGGUAAAACAGUUAUACAACUCACUAACUUAGACGGCUUUACAACAGAGAAAUUAGAUUUAGACAAAGAUCAAAAUAUUGAUGUAAAAGUUAAGGCAACUGGUUCUCUAUCAUUGAUGUCCUAUGUAGUAUUAUCAAAAGGGAAAAUAACAGCCAAAGGAUCACUAGAUUUUUCCAGUAACCUAGAACAAACGAUAAGAUUAACAGUGACAAGUGAUAUGUCUCCUAUGGCUAAUUUAUUAGUUUAUGGUGUUACUAAUGGUAAAGUUAAAGAAGUCAUUGUUGAUGUUUAUGAAAUUAUGAUUGAUAAUGGCAUGAAGAAUAAGGUGUCUGCACAAUUCUCAGCUCCUGAAUUGCGUGCUAACAGUAAGGUGGAUCUAACAGUGAACUCUGACCCUCAGUCAGAUGUAUUUGUAUUGGCUGUUGAUAAAAGUGUUAUGUUAUUAGCUACUGGUAAUGAUAUCACAAAGGAGUCACUUAUGGAUAAUUUUAAAAUGUUUACUGGAGAAAAGAAAGAAAAUGAUAGGCCUGGUUUUGGAGAAAUUAUGUUCCGUAAAAAACGAUCUAUUAUUGGAGGUUACGGUCAGACAAAUGCUGAUCAAAUAUUAAAAGCUUCAGAACUGUUAUAUUUAACAAAUUUUGACAUGAAAAAGAACACAUUUGAUGUGUUUCCCAUACUGCAGAGAGCAGAAUGUGCCAAUUGUGGGAUGGCAUUUGCUGCUGCCCCUGAUGCAGGUGUUGGUUUUAUGGCUGAUGUUGAUUUUAACAUUGGUCCGUCCUUCCACAAUUGCUCAUAA